AUGGCAUCACAAUAUUCAGAUCAUUCAUCAGGCUAUAAUAAAUCAUUUAAAAGCAAUCGAAUCAAGCCACAACAAUCAUUUUAUAAUACGUAUUCUGAAAUAAGUGAUGCAGUUCAAAGUGCACCAUCGAUAAAAUCGACAAAAAGACUUAUUCAACAAGCAGAAAUGUAUGAAUUAAAACAACCAGCAACAGAUACAAUCUAUCCUUAUAAUCCAAAUCAAUCAUAUGAUUCACAAGAUAAGUAUACUGAAGAUGUUCAUUCUGAUGGUGAUCUUGAAAGAAAUGAGAAAUCGACCUCAUGUUGUUGGAAACCGUUGUGUCUAGGUUUAACACGCUGUAGUGGUGGAAUUCUAUUUGGAACAAUGAUAGUAGUCGGUUUAGCAGCAAUAGGUGGUCUUAUUGCUUCAACUGUUUUAUAUGUUCUACAUCCACAGAGUGAUUCACAAUGGAAAGUAUUAGGUAUAAUUGUUUGUUCUGUAAUGUUAAUAACAAUACUUAUAACAUUAUGUGUAUUUUGUUAUUGUUCCAAAAAUGGUGACAUUACUAGUGAUAACAAUACAGCGAGUGUAGCAACACCAGAAUAUAAUCAAGAAAAUAAUUUCAGAAAAAUAAAUAAUUAUAAUCGAUCAAAAAAUAUAUCACCAUCACCAUAUGGAAUGAUGCAAAAUACGCCACCAUUAUCGACUAAUCAAGAUGUUAUUCAAGUUAAAGAUAAACAAACAAAUACUGAAAAAACAAUCUCUCCCUUACGACCUAGAGAUUUUCAACGCGGAGUUUGGCCAGCAAUGAAUGCAUAUGGAGGUUUAUCUUCUCGUCCAUUAGAAAAACCAAAAAUGGUUAAUCAUUCUAUACAAACAAUUUCAAAUGAAACUCACCAAACAAUGUUACAACACCAGGUUGAUGUGAUCAAUGUUGCAUCGAGAAAGAUUAUUCGAAUCCCAGAUACUCAUCAUCAAUAUGAUGAAGAAGAAGAUCCAAAUAGUUUUAUUGAACAAAACUCACAAAUUGGCAAUGUCGAAAAAAUUAUUGAAAAACCAAAAGAACGAUCAAAAGAAGACGAUGAAGAAGUUGUUGAAUUAGCAAGAACAGGUGAAGAAAAAAUUGGCAAGGAAAGAAAGAAGAAAAGACAUCAUAAUGUUUCUAUUAAACGUAUAAAAGCAUCUGAAAAACCAAAUGUUGUCUAA